AUGGCAGUUAAGUUCGUCGUAGUGCUCGCCGCCUUGGUGGCCGUGGCCCAAAGCUCAGUAGUGCCAGCGGUACCAGUGGCGAAAGUAGACACCGACUACACCAGCUUUGCUUACGAUGUAGCGGAUCCCAACACUGGCGACUUUAAAAGCCAAGUAGAGACACGCGUCGGCGGCACAGUAAAGGGACAGUAUUCCCUACUCGAAGCUGAUGGAACCAAACGGACCGUGGACUACGCCGCUGAUGACGUCAAUGGUUUCAACGCAGUUGUGAGGAAAGACCCCGCUGUUGUUACUUCAACCGUCGUGUCCUCCGCUCCCGCAGUAGUGGCCUCCGCUCCUACUGUCGUCGCCGCCCGAACCCUCGCCACGCCAUCUGUGUACGCCGCAGCUACCCCAGUAUACGCGCAAAAGUCAAUAUACUUUUGUAAAAUUCAAGGAAUGUUGCAAUAA